AUGUCGAGCCCAGCAAAACGUAAAGCCGAGAAAGAUAUAUCGCCACCAAAACCGAAGAAGACAAAGACGACAACAAAGACGAAGACAGAGAUUCCUGCAUAUCAUCUCACCCCAUCAAGACAGGACGAGUCUGGAGAGAACGUCUGGCCGGCAAGGAAACAGCAGAUUGAACGUGCGCGAGAGAUCAUCCGAGAAUGUGCUGAAGCGCAAAAACCAAUCGUCAUCCUACCAGAUAAGGAUGCAGACGGGCUUUCUUCUGGCGCCAUACUGCAUCAUACCCUCACCGCACUGGGUUUAUCACCUGAUCUCAUAUCCGUUCACUUUCCACCAAAAGGCUCUAAUGUACACGAUGAAACCACAAAGCAGGCCCUGACGGCUCUCUCACCAUCCUACAUCUUCAUUCUAGAUCAAGGCAGCCGGAAGACACCGCCUGUCAUCGACUCACCCCACACAUGCCUGGUAAUGGACCAUCACUUUGCAGAUGAAGGCGGCUUCCCAGAAGGCAGCGAUUACGUGACAGCUCAUGACUGCCCACCCGUGGCAACCAGCGCCUUGCUAACAUACACAAUCUGCCUCCCACUUCACCCAGACCUACACGACAAGAUAUCCUGGUUAGCAGCCCUAGGAACGCACGGCGACCUCGGAAGCAGCAUAAAAUGGGAGCCCCCCUUCCCAGACAUGGUCGCAACAUUCAAGCAACAUCCCAAAAAGUCCAUCAACGAUGCCGUGGCUUUGGCCAACGCACCACGCAGAUCAGCAGCCUAUAACGUGCGCGACGCCUGGGACGCCGUCAUCUCCGCCAGCAGUCCCGUCGACAUCUCAAAAGCCGAAAAGCUAAAAGAUGCGAGCAUGGAAGUACGACGAGAAACCGAACGCUGCACCCACACCGCCCCGAAGUUCUCUGCCGACGCCACAAUCGCCGUUCUGACUAUAUCGAGCGCCGCGCAAAUUCAUCCUGUUAUUGCUACACGCUGGUCUGGCACCCUCAAAUCGAAUAAACUCGAAAUCGUCAUGUGCGCAAAUGAAGGCUACCUGCCCGACAAAGUUAAUUUCUCGUGUCGCGUUGCCAAGUGUGCGAGAGCGCGCGAGGGAGAGGAGAAGGUCGAUAUUAUUAAGAAGUUGGAGGGUAUUGUGGCAGGGGAUGGGGAGUUGAGGAAGAGGCUUGGGGAGAGCUUUGCGAGGGGGCAUAAAGAGGCUAGUGGGGGGAUCGUGGGGAAGGGCGAGUGGGAGGAGUUUAAGAAGUUGAUGGGGGUUGGGGAGGCGAAGAAGAAGGAGGGAGGUGGGAGUGGGAAGAAGGAGGAGAAGCUGGUGCAGAAGAAUACGCUGGCGAAUUAUUUUGGGAAGAAGGAGAAGAGUGGGAAGGUGGAAGGGGCUUAG